AUGGAUACACCGGGAAAAAUGCCCGAAACGUCGGGACGCGACCGAAGAGAUGAACCCCGGGCCGUGGAACGCAGCGGUAAGGGUGGCGGUGGGCCUGGGGAGGGUUUGGUCGAGUUGCGGUCUGCCGUGUUGCGCAGCAUGAGUCAUCAGGAAGCGAACGGGGUUUUGCGCAUGGAGAAGGCAGCUGCUAAAAUCAAUUGGAUACCGUACAUGUCUGUGUUGAAGGACUACCACGCUAA